UCACACACUCGCUCCACUCGCUCACUCAUCCUACUCUAACUCUUCUUUCCCCCAGGAGCACCUCUUCAACCUCUCCUCGAAGACAAUCCUUCCCCCCUCCCCUCCUCCCAUCCAGCGCAGGCCUGGUUCCCAUCGCCCAUCGGCCCAUUGCGAUUCUCUGCUGUGUUUCAAUUCACACGUCCUUUUGCUCCAUCGCAAUCCUUCCGCCAUCCGCAACGGGCUUUCGUCAGGCUCGGCUGCCUCCGCUCCUUUAACCCCCGUUGCUCUGCCUCGUCUGAUUCUCGUCUCCUCACUACACGUCCAAUUCACAACACGUCGCACCAUCAUCCGGCGCACACAUUUUAGACAUCACGCUCUACCGUCGUCCCCUUUACCAAGCUCGACGCCGUAUUCCACCUCCUCGAUCACUCUUACCUCGGUAUGAUGAUGAUGGCAGCGCCCUACGAGAUCCGCACCGGCGGCGACGGCAAAAGCAAAAAGCAGAGCAUGGCCGAGCUGAAGCUCCGUCGCCUCACGGAAUUGAACCAACGUCUGCGAGAGGACCUUGACCGUCGCCGGAUACCUGUCUCGGAAGCUGCGUUAGAUCUUAUUGCAUUCACAGAUAAGGAGCCAAAGGACUGGAUGGUGCCUUCGCGAUGGGGAACGAUUGAUAAGCGCGAGGAUCCUUAUGCCCCCCAACAAAGCAACGGCUGCUGCAUCGUUAUGUAAAGCGACAAGGACCACGACAAGGAGCCAUCGAUCAUGUUCAGCAACGGCGUUUAUGCGGAGCCCUUGACGGCACAAAGAUUUUCAUAUACCUUUCUUUUGGUGGCAGGAGGUGGAUAAUACCCAUGGUAGUCCUGGGACUCGAAAUAUGGACGGGCCAUGUACUUUUCAGCAAUGUGUAAAUUAUGGAUGGUGGUUGCGGUUGAGGAGGGCGAGAGCGAAGGGGUUUGCCGGCUGUCGCAUUUGCAUUUGCAG